AUGGUCGAAUAUGAGUUCGGCGGACCUCUGGGUGCCGCAGCCAUCACCUUUGGCCUGCCCGUCCUGCUCUACGCGUUCACAUUCGCUUGCAACGACGUGUCUGGCUGCCCAGUGCCAUUACUUCUGCAACCUCGCGACUUGACCUGGGCAAAGCUGAAAGCUGACGCUCAUUUACUGAGUAUCGGUCUGUCGAAUUUCCUCUCCUGGAAAGUGACGCUGGUCACUGUCGCCUACUAUAAGAUCCUUCCUGCAAAAGAGGUUCAUGGAACCAAGUUGGUGCACCAUGAUCGCCCCCUUCAGUAUCGAUUCAAUGCGUUCUCGGCCAGUGUGGUUAUUCUCUCUAUCUGCGCGGCAGGCACAUUCCUCCAAGGGGCCGAGUUCCCCGUCUGGACUUUUAUCACCGACAAUUACGUGCAACUCCUGACGGUAAACGUUCUCAUCUCAUACGCCCUAUCGGUCUUUCUCUACGUCAACAGUUUCACCAUCGACACCAAGUAUCCCAACCGCGACCUUCGAGAGCUAGCUGCCGGCGGCAUGACAGGCAACUUCAUCUACGAUUUUUACAUCAGCCGGGAGCUCAACCCCCAGGUUACCCUGCCUCUGAUUGGGGAAGUCGACAUCAAGACGUGGUGUGAAGUUUGCCCCGGUCUGACUGGUUGGAUCCUGCUUGACCUGGCAUUCAUCGCUCAACAAUACCGCAACUAUGGAUACAUCUCCGAUAGCAUCGUGUUCACGACCGCCGUGCAGGCAUACUACGUCCUCAGCAGCCAGUACAACGAGUCAUCCAUCUUGACGAUGAUGGAUAUCACGACCGACGGGAUGGGCUUCAUGCUUGCCUUCGGCGACUUAGUCUGGGUCCCCUUCCUCUACUCGACCCAAGCUCGUUACCUCGCGGCCUUCCCCGUGCGUCUCGGCGGGCCACGAAUCCUCGCGAUCGCCGCCGUCUUCGUCCUCGGGAUUUGCAUAUUCAAAGCGGCGAACAAUCAGAAACACCUGUUCCGCACCCAGCCCAACCACCCCGCCGUGCGGGAUCUCUCGUCCAUCACCACCAGGCGCGGCACCCGCCUCCUCACCGCGGGGUGGUGGGGUCUCUCCCGGCAUAUCAACUACUUCGGCGACUGGUUGCAGGCCUGGCCCUUAGCCUGCCCACGGGGGUGGCAGGCGUUGGCCUCCUCGGGCGAUCUCGCCGGAUCGCCGUCUCGCACGAUGUUGGACGGGCGGGUCGCGAUGCAAGGCCCGGCAGCCGGGUGGGGGAUGAUCUUCACCUACUUCUACGUGCUGUACUUUGGUGUCUUGCUCGUCCAUCGCGAACGGCGGGACGACGCCAUGUGCGCGAAGAAGUAUGGCGAGGAUUGGAAGACGUACAAGCGGACGGUGCGGUGGAGGAUCUUGCCUUGGAUUUAUUGAGAACGGUCUAAUGAGGAGGACUAGUGCAGUUGACAGUGUCCGUUUCAGUAGUGUCGGUGGCCCUCCUGAGGCCUUGCCGGUCAGUUGCUCUGAAAU